AUGUCGUCCCUUCCCCCUGUGUACAUCAUCUCGGCCGCCCGCACGCCAACGGGCAUGUUUUUGGGCUCCCUGUCGAGUCUGAGUGCCGUCCAGCUGGGCUCCCACGCCAUCAAGGCUGCUGUUGAGCGCUCAGGCAUCAAGCCCGAAGAGGUCCAAGAGGUCUUCGUGGGCAAUGUCCUCUCCGCAAAUCUCGGCCAGAACCCCGCCCGUCAGUGUGCCAUCGGUGCCGGCCUGCCCGAGUCGACCAUCGCUACAACCGUCAACAAGGUCUGCGCCUCGUCGAUCAAGGCCCUGAUUUGCGGUGCGCAGACCAUCAUCACCGGCAAUGCCGAUGUCGUCGUGGCUGCCGGCACCGAGAGCAUGUCCAACACGCCCCACUACCUGCCCAACAUGAGGAACGGCGCCAAGUUUGGUGACCAGUCGCUCGUUGACGGUGUGCUCAAGGAUGGGCUCACUGACGCCUACAAGAAGGAGCACAUGGGCCUGCAGGGCGAGGAGUGCGCCAACGACUAUGGCUUCACCCGUGAGGACCAGGACGAGUACUGCAUCCGCUCCUACAAGAAGGCCAUUGCUGCCGACGAGGCGGGCUUGUUCAAGACUGAGAUUGCCCCCAUCGAGGUGCCUGUAGGACGCGGAAAGCCUCCUGUUGUUGUCGACCGCGAUGACGAGCCCAAGAACUUCAACGAGUCCAAGACACGCACCCUGCGCUCUUCGUUCAAGAAGGACGGCACCGUCACCGCCGCAAAUGCCUCCCCACUCUCCGACGGCGCUGCUGCCCUCGUCCUCGCCUCCGAAGCCUACGUCAAGGCCCACAACCUCAAGCCCAUUGGCAAGAUCCUCGGUUGGGGUGACGCAGCGCAGAACCCCUCCAAGUUCACCACCGCCCCCGCUCUUGCCAUGCCCAAGGCUCUGAAGCACGCCAACGUCGAGCUGUCCGCCGUCGACGCGUUCGAGAUCAACGAGGCCUUUAGCGUCGUCGCCCUCUCCAACAUGAAGAUUCUGGGCAUCAGCGAGGACAAAGUAAACCUCCACGGUGGUGCGGUUGCGCUCGGUCACGCCCUGGGUGCUUCGGGCGCCAGGAUCACAACCACGCUCCUGAGUGUGUUGAGGGAGAAGAAGGGCAAGAUUGGAUGCGCUGGUAUCUGCAAUGGUGGUGGCGGUGCUUCCGCCAUUGUCAUUGAGUCGUUGCAGUAG